CCUGAAAAAAUAAAAAAAGAAAUUAGUUUGACAAAAAUAUUUCUAAUUUUUGGAAAUUAAAAAAAAAGGGUCUACAGUUUACAGAGAAGCGUCAACCAAGAGCGAGCAGCGUUGGGCUGUCGCCCAUCUUUUGGAGACAUUCUCUCUCUCUUCUCUCCCCUUUGAUCGAUUCUUUCCUCUGUUGCUUUCUCUGAGAGAGAGAGAGAGAGAGAGAGAGAGAGAGAGAGAGAGAAAAGAAAGGAAAAGAAAAGAAAAUCGAAGAGAGAAAGAAGAAGAGGGCGGAGAUUUUUUUUUUUGAGCGAUCUGAGCGGUUAGAGGAUACAAAUGGGGACUCUUCAAACAUGGAGAAAAGCGUAUGGCGCCCUUAAAGAUACCACCAAAGUCGGUCUCGCUCAUGUCAACAGCGAUUAUGCGGAUUUGGAUGUGGCCAUAGUCAAAGCUACAAACCACGUCGAGUGUCCUCCAAAAGAAAGGCAUCUUAGAAAAAUCUUCGUUGCCACAUCAGCAAUUCGCCCUCGAGCAGAUGUUGCUUAUUGCAUUCAUGCGCUUGCCCGCCGAUUGGCCAAGACUCGUAAUUGGACGGUUGCAUUGAAAACACUCAUAGUAAUCCAUAGGGCAUUGAGGGAGGGUGAUCCUACUUUCAGAGAAGAACUUUUAAACUUCUCACAAAGAGCACGCAUUCUCCAACUUUCUAAUUUCAAGGAUGAUUCUAGCCCUAUUGCAUGGGAUUGCUCUGCCUGGGUACGUACAUAUGCAUUGUUUUUGGAAGAAAGACUCGAAUGCUUUAGGAUUCUGAAGUACGACAUUGAAGCUGAGCGUCUCCCAAGACCUGCCCAGGGGCAGGAUAAUGAUUACAGCAGAACCAGGGAGUUGGGCAGCGAAGAAUUGUUGGAGCAAUUGCCUGCUCUGCAGAAAUUGCUUUAUCGUCUAAUUGGUUGCCGGCCAGAAGGUGCUGCUGUCGGCAACUAUGUUAUACAGUAUGCUUUAGCUCUGGUAUUGAAGGAGAGCUUCAAAGUAUAUUGUGCUGUUAAUGGUGGAAUUAUCAAUAUUGUGGACAAGUUUUUUGAGAUGCCAAGACAUGAAGCUGUCAAAGCUCUUGAUGUAUAUAAGCGUGCUGGUCAGCAGGCUAAUAGCCUUUCUGAUUUCUAUGAAGUUUGCAAAGGAUUGGAAUUUUUUAGGAACUUCCAGUUUCCUGCUCUCAGGGAGCCACCACAAUCUUUUCUUGCUACCAUGGAAGAGUACAUUACAGAGGCACCACGUGUGGUUUCUGUUCCAACAGAACCGUUGCUUCAAUUAACAUACAGACCUGAGGAAGGUCUUUCUGAAGAUACUAAAUUAUCCAAUGAUGAACCUGAGCUAUCUGCACCUGCUGAUGAUGUUGCAGUUUCCAGUGUUGAGACUGCUCCUCCUCCCCCUCCCCCACCUCAGACCAACAUGGACACUGGAGACUUACUUGGAUUGAAUUAUUCUGCACCUGAUGCCUCGGCAAUUGAGGAAAGUAAUGCUUUAGCUCUAGCCAUAGUACCAAUUGAUUCUGGUACCGCUUCAACACUUAAUUCCAAUGCUGGUCAACCAAAAGAUUUUGAUCCUACUGGAUGGGAACUUGCCCUUGUCACCACACCAAGUACUGAUAUUUCUGCAGCUACUGAAAGGCAUUUGGCUGGCGGGUUGGACUCACUCACUCUAAACAGUUUGUACGAUGAAGCAGCAUAUAGAGCUUCUCAGCAGCCUGCAUAUGGAGCUACAGCUCCAUAUCCAUUUGAGUUACAAGAUCCAUUUGUCAUGUCAAAUAACAUUGCUCCCCCUACAGCAGUUCAAAUGGCCGCAAUGGCUCGACAAAACAAUCCUUUUGGUGCUUACCAACCAUAUCAGCAGCCACUGCAACAGCAACAUUUGAUGAUCAGCCCAUCAAAUCCAUUUGGUGAUGCAGGGUUCGGGGCAUUUCCGGUGAACCAAAUGGCCCCUGUUGGUCAACCACAUGCCAAUAAUCCAUUUGGAAGCCCAGUCCUAUUGUAAUGUUAAAUGUGACGAGUUGAUUGGUGUAUUUUGGUCGGUGCCGUUGGUUUCGGUGUCUUUCGGAGAUGAAAAGACUGUAGUUUGUUUUUACCCACAGGAUCAAUGGCUUUCAGUUCCGGUCUUACAUUUGUAUGGGCUGUAAAAGUCAGUGAGUAGUUAAAAAUGUAAUAAUACCUAGUUGAUAGAAUUCAAAAUACAAGUAAUUUUGAAAAAGUUUCCUAACUCUGAGCUUUUACUGUAAUUAUUUGCAUGCGUUAGCUAUAUAUUCUCCUAUCUCCGCUUUCUCUCACAAAAGAAAAUUUGCUUUUUCCUUUGAUAAAUUGGCAUGAGAGAACAAAGUUCAUCUGAAGAUAAUCAAGUCAUGCAAACCCUUGCAAAACUGUAAAUCACAGCAUAGGAUGCCAUUAUCUUGAUAUAUCCAAUAAAAAAUUAUUAUGUGAUUCGUAAAAGCAAA